UCAACUUUUAAAACCUUUCAUUAUGUUCGUUCACGCACUUGUUGGCUGCGAUACGACGAGUGCGCUUUUCGGGAAAGGGAAGAAAACUGUAAUCUCUUUAUUGCAGAAAAAUGAAAGUAUCUGUCAAUCCGCAUUAGUCUUUUAUGAUAUAGAUAGAACGAUUGAUGAACUUUACCCAGUUGCAGAGAACAUAAUAAAACGUCUUUAUGUAAAAGAUGAGCAGGCAAUGCUUCCUAUUAACGACCUAAGAUACAAAAUGUUCACUUCUGAAUUAGCUGGCACCAAAAAAGACCUCUUCACUUCUCUUCCACCUACGCAAGCUGCUCUGUCUGAAUAUGUGAAAAGAGUAUAUUUGCAAAUUCUACAAUGGCUCUGUAACAAAUUGGACCCGUUACAAUGGGGCUGGGAGCGACUACAAACGACGAACUUCGUAUUGGCGCCAAUAAAAACAAGUGAAAAAGCUGCUCCAGAUGAUUUAUUAGCUAUGGUAUGCUGUAAGUGUGCAAGGAGUAAAUGUACUAUGGCUAUGUGCAUCUGUAAGAAGUCUGGGCUGCACUGCAGCCAGCUCUGCAAAUAUUGCACGGAUGGAGAUAGCUGUCAAAAUCAAUCUUCCGGGGUCCCUGAUGAACCUGAACCAGUAGAUGAGGAAAUGGAAGUAACUGAAGAAAUUUGCAGAAAUAUCUUCAACUUUUUUUCACAUGAAUCAGAGGAGGAAGGAGACGUGGAAGAAGGCGAGGAAAAUGAAGAGGAAUUUCUGCCGAUUGAAUUUAAUUAUUAGUAGAAUAAAUAUUUUUCCAUAUUAUUAGGAAAAACUCCAUCAUUUACGACUAAUAGAAAGUUUUUAUAUUUUUGUAUAAAAUUUCGCCUAUAUUAAAACAUAUC